AUGGCCCAAUGUUCUUCAGCCAUCCAGGUGUCUCAAAUGGGUUUGAGACUUUGCGGAUGUUUUUACUUUCAUUUUUUACACACGUUACCAAAUUCAUGUGUAACUUUUGCAAACUCUUACUCCACAGACAUCAAGGUGCGUUCCUACUUUCAGUACAUUAAACAGAAGAUUAUAGCCCCACCCCGUCCUCCGUAUAAUCACGUGUGUCAGGUAGGAGAACCAGUGCUGCGAACGAGAGCUGAAGUAGUUGACCCUGCAGUUAUUAAAGGACCUGAGAUACAAAAAGUUAUAAAGACACUAGUCAAAGUUAUGCAUAAGUGUGACUGUGUUGGAAUUAGUGCUCCUCAAAUCGGGGUGCCACUAAGAAUCUUGGCCCUGGAGUAUCCUCAAAAAAUGUUGGAUGAGAGUUCGCCGCUGUCCAGGAAGGUUCGUGGACUCUCCGUCCAGCCAUUGAGAAUAUUUGUCAACCCCCACCUGAGGGUGCUGGAUUGGCAGGUGGUGCGCUUUCCUGAAGCCUGUGAGAGCAUCUGUGGCUUUUGUGCCACAGUUCCACGUUACCUUUCUGUGGAAGUAUCAGGUCUGAAUGAAAAAGGAGAAGAUAUAACCUGGCACUGCAGCGGUUGGCCAGCUAGGAUUCUCCAGCACGAGAUGGACCACUUGGAUGGGGUUCUUUACAUUGACCGUAUGGACAGCAAGACUUUCAUCAAUAUCAACUGGCAGGCAUACAAUGAAUAG